UGUCAAAAAUUGAGGUUGCUUAUUUUGCGUUAUUAAUAUUUUGUAUUUUGUUGUUUUCUGUUUUCUGUUUUAUUUUCAACAGUUUCAAUAAUUGAAUUGCCUUAAUAUAACAGUAUUCUAAAACAGUAAAAGUAUUCUUUGCUAAUUCCGCAGUUCAUUUACAAAACUGCGAAAUUAAAAUUCAUAAAUAAUAACACUAAAUUGUUGAAUACAGGCGGAAUUAAAAAUGCCCUUCAAAAAAGGAAAAAAUGUUAAACAAACAAAAAUUACUGAUACAAUGGGAAUUGAGACCAAAGAAGCACAGGCUAGUCCUAAACUAAAGCAGGAUAUAAAUUUGCAAGAAAACGUUACCGAUAAAAAGAUAUUAGAAGAAAAGAUCCUGGGACUAAAGAGUAUUAUAUCAAAUUUUGAUGCUAACAACAAAGAAACAAAUGAAAAAGUGCGCAACCUUCCAGUCAGUUUUGAAACGUUUAAAAGGUUAACUUUUCACAAUGAUGUUAUUGCUAACAUUUGCCAAAGCAUAAAGGAGUUGGAGUAUGAGUUGCCAAUUUCAAAUAUAUCAAAAGAAGAAUUAUUUGAUAAUAAUAAAUUACUUCGGAGUUACUACAAAACAUUUUACAUGCAAACGGUUAUUCGGACAAUAUUUCCAUUGAAAAUAAAACCAUGUCCAGGACGUUUUAAGGACAAACUUUUGAAAUAUCCAGAAAUUACGUCAGAUCAUGAAGGCGGAAUUAAAAAUGCCCUUCAAAAAAGGAAAAAAUGUUAAACAAACAAAAAUUACUGAUACAAUGGGAAUUGAGACCAAAGAAGCACAGGCUAGUCCUAAACUAAAGCAGGAUAUAAAUUUGCAAGAAAAGUAAGUUAAAGUGAAUUAAUAAAAGAAAUGCUAAAAUAAUUUAUUUAUUUCAGAUUCAGACCCCGUGAAGAAUCAAAAAUACGAUCAGUCUUUCCAGUUACGAUCAAUGAGUUCAUUGAAAAUACAAAUAUA